AUGGAGAGACAGAGCAGUUUCCAGGCAGCAAAGAUGGAAAAACAACCAAGUUUCAAUGGGGCAAUCGAGCAACAGCCUAGUUUCCGUGGAGCAAUGGAGAAACAGAAGAGUUUUCGCGGAUUCAUGGAGAAGCAGAAGAGUUUUCGGAUAGUUAUGGAGAAACAGCUGAGCUUUAUUGGUGGAGAAAGGAGGAAGAGCAAGGAGUCACCCGGUAAAAGAGGUGACUCCCAACUCCAUUUGGCUGCUCGAGCAGGGAAUUUAGUCAGAGUCAAAGAAAUUCUUCAGAAUUGUAAUAAUAGCAAUGAGUCAAUUGGUUUGUUGUCUAAGACAAACCAGGAGGGAGAGACUCCGCUCUAUGCCUCAGCGGAUAAUGGGCAUGCUGUGAUUGUUGGGGAAAUGCUGAAGCAUAUGAACCUUCAAACCGCAUCCAUCACAGCCAGAAAUGGCUAUGAUCCAUUCCACAUUGCUGUAAGACAGGGCCAUCUUGAGGUGUUGAAAGAACUUCUGCACGUGUUCCCCAACUUGGCCAUGACCACAGAUCUAUCCAAUUCAACUGCCUUACACACAGCUGCUACUCAGGGUCAUAUUGAUAUUGUAAAUCUCCUUCUGGAAACUGACUCAAAUCUCGCUAAGAUAGCCCGCAAUAAUGGUAAGACUGUCCUUCAUUCAGCAGCAAGGAUGGGGCACUUGGAAGUAGUCAAAUCCCUACUAAAUAAGGAUCCAAGCGCUGCUUUUAGAACUGAUCUGAAAGGCCAAACUGCGCUGCACAUGGCUGUGAAAGGGCACAAUGUGGAGAUUGUGCUGGAGUUGCUGAAACCUGAUCCCUCAGUUUUGACUGUGGAAGAUAACAAGGGAAACACAGCAUUGCAUAUUGCCACAAGGAAGGGCCGUAUUGAGAAUGUACGCUGUCUAUUGUCCAUUAAUAAUGACGGCAGUAACAUCAAUGCAAGUAACAAGGCUGGAGAGACCUCACUCGACAUUGCCGAAAAAUUUGGGACUCCAGAACUCGUGUCCGUGUUAAAGGAAGCAGGGGCCACCAAUUCUAAAGACCAAGGAAAACCUGCAAAUCCAGCAAAGCAGCUUAAGCAGACUGUGAGUGACAUAAAGCACGAUGUCCAGUCCCAACUCAAACAGACCCGUCAAACUGGUGCCAGAGUCCAGAAAAUUGCAAAGAAGUUGAAAAAGCUCCACAUUAGCGGCCUUAACAAUGCUAUAAACUCUGCCACUGUUGUUGCUGUGCUGAUUGCCACCGUUGCUUUUGCGGCCAUCUUCACUGUUCCUGGCCAGUAUGUUGAGGAGAAAACUUUGGGGCUUACGCUUGGACAAGCUCAUAUAGCAAACAAUGCUGCUUUCAUCAUCUUCUUUGUGUUUGACAGCCUGGCGCUCUUCAUCUCCCUGGCUGUUGUUGUAGUCCAGACGUCUGUGGUUGUGAUUGAGCAGAAGGCAAAAAAGCAGCUUGUUUUUGUGAUCAACAAGCUCAUGUGGCUAGCUUGCCUCUUCAUUUCCAUUGCUUUUAUUUCUCUCACGUAUGUGGUGGUGGGUUCACACUCGAGGUGGCUUGCUGUGUAUGCAACAGUUAUAGGCAGCACAAUCAUGCUUACUACCAUUGGCUCCAUGUGCUAUUGUGUCAUUUUACAUAGGAUGGAGGAGUCCAAAAUGAGGAAUAUUCGGAGAGCUGAGAGUAAGUCUCGUUCAUUCUCUAUGUCUAUGGCAUCAGAGCACGAGAUUUUGAACAGCGAGUAUAAGAGGAUGUAUGCACUGUAA